AUGUGUAUGUUUAAUAUAACUACAGUCUACAUUAUGUAUAAUUUUUUACGUUUAUAUAUUUCCAUUGAUUUACUAUUCUCUGAGGUUUAUAACUUUACCUAAAUAUAUGUUGGUCUAAUAACUUGCAAGAUAUUUUUUUCCCACGCUGGGUUUCUGCAAGAUUUUUUUUUCCUCUGAACUGACCUUGCACGAUUUUUUUUUCUGAAAUUGCCACCCCCCCCUCCCCCAUUUUCUAAUGGUCCGCCCCUAAACUAAUCCUAAUACGUGCGUUAAUUAUUAAUAGACGUACAUUACUAUAAUAAUUUUGAAUAAUUAUACUGCACUGAAUUUGAAAAAUUUGUUUACAAUGAAUUGUGCAUUGCAAGGAUCUUACAAUCUUAGAAACAGAUUUACUGAUUUAGCUUUAUCAAUUCCGAGAGGGGAAUUCCUUAAAAAAAGCUUUAAAUAUAGUGGCGCAAAACUUUGGACUAGCCUUUCUUCGGAAGCAAAAUUAACCCAAUCAGAAUAUGUUUUUAAAUUGAAUAUUAAUUAGAUAGGGUCACACCAUACAAUAUAUUAUUCGUGUUUGUCGCUUGUAACUUUGUACUUUUUUAAUAUCUUUUUUUGUCAUUUUUGUUAUUAAGGGACCGGUCAUAAAGUAGCUUGGGUAGGCUGGAUUCAUUUGGAAUGGGCCAUGGAAAAUCUUUGGGCAGUUUCGAUGGGUUUGCCAAUAUUUUUGUAUGUCCACGGUUGGACCACCAAACAAAAACCCAUGUUAAUUAUAUAUUAUAUAAAGAUAUUAAUAAUAAAAGUAAACAAAACUAUCCAAAUUAUCAAAUGCAAAUGAUGCUAUUGAAGCCAGUACUUUGUUUUAUACAACACCAAGAAGUGGUCGAAUCACAGCAAAUACAACCAAAUGGAGAAUAGCUCAGUAUCGUAAUUGGUGAUGAAUGUGUUGGUGCAAUUAUGUAUCUCAAUACAGUGCUGGUGCAUAUUUACAAUGUUCAUGCCAACCUCGCUCCCAGGGUAUUCGCUCUUUCCCUGCUGGUUGUGUUCAUACCUGCAAGUUUUUUUUUUAUUAUAAAAGUGUAUUUUCCCAAUUUAGAUUGGGUGGGUGGGUCAUGAAAUAAAUUUUGUAAGAUUAGAUGGGCUUUGAAAUUUUUAUCUACAUCCUAAGAUAGGUCACCAAACUUAUUGGAAAAAUGUUAUGAUUUAUCUCCAGCCCACCCUAGCAGUUACUUUAUGACCAGUCCCUAAUAUGUUAUUUUGUAUAUAUUGACGCCCCUUGUGGAAACCAACUAAAUGUUGAUGAGGCUAGCGUCGAUUAGAUUUUAAAUAAAGGUUACACACAGAAUGAACAAAACAUUUUCGUAAAGAUAAAUUUUUCAGAGCGGGUGUGUGUGUCUUUUUUAGCAGCAUUAAAAAUAGCUUGUGCGCGAAAUUUCGAAGUUUAAAACGCAUUUUGAGUUCAUGGGCGAGAAAUUUGUUAUGUGUUUUAUCAAUAUUCAAAUAUCAGAAAAUUACUCAACUUUGGGUCCUUUAAAUUAAAUAGCUGCUGAUAGUUUCAUUUUUUGACAUCAAUGCUUAUCACGCAUGCUUAAUUUGCCUAAUUUGCAUAUUGGUAUUUUACUUUUUUUUACAACGACAAUGCAAAUUAGGUAAAUACAUGAAUUAAGCAUGCGUGAUAUUAAUAAAACUUUUAAUAUUUGUUGUAUAAGUGAUGCGUAGUAAUUCAAAAUAUUUAUAUUUUUAGAUAUCGACCGCUGGCCCAGUGUCGCAUUUGCACCCGUAUCAACCAUGAUGAAGGCGAAGGUCAAAAUCACGUGGUACAAGGUGCGUUACCCGAUCCAUGGUGCAACGAGGGCAUUGAACAAACAUAUCUGGUGGACGCGAUAGUUAGAUUGCUACAACAAGCUCCGCCUGAUCAGACGAUGAGAUUGCGAAAAAUAGGGUAUGUAAUGUGUUAUUAUAAUAAUUAUAAUAAUUAUUAUUAUUAUUCUAUUAUUAUUAUUCUAUUAUUACGUUCUAUCCUAUGUAUGUAUUUACAAAGUCACUAUAUUGAAUCAAGUACCGUCAAGAAUACGUUUAAAUGGCUAAUGCCAUUUUCUUUUGCUGUGAUUGAUAAAUCAUUCCAAAGGGAUACAGCUGAAUAACUAAAAAUCUUUUUCAUAAAAUUUGUUUCAGGUUUUCCAAGAUUAUAAUUGUAAUUGUUACUUCUUAAAUCAUAUCUGUCAUUUAUUCUAAUUGUAAACAUGUUGGAAAUUGAUGAUAACAUGUUCGUUUCGUAUUCUGUGCAUAAAAAUUGAUUUAUUGGUAUUAUAACGUUGGUUUAAAGGCUGCCAGUCUAGAUAGAUAGAUAGAUAGAUCAACUUUAUUUAAACACAUUGGCCUUUUCAGCAAAAGCUGAUUUCCAAAAGGGAUGUGUACUUACAAAUUAUUAUUUAUAUACUAGCUCUAAUAUUACAUACAUAACAAAUACAAUUAUAUACCUAUUUAGACAAAAAAUUAACUACUACUUUAAGUCGACUAAUUCUUUUCUUGAAACUUCAUAAGUUUUACCAGACUGAGUGAUGAUUCGGGCCGCUUUGUUUUGUAAUUUCUGAAGUCUAUUUUUUAAGUAAUUACAACAGUUAUCCCAAACCAAGCUACAAUAUUAUAAUCAAAGUGUGAUAACACAAUGGCAUUAUAUAUUUUGGUAUUAUAUUAUAUUAUAUUAUAUUAUAUAUAUUGGUUGUGUGUGAUCGACGUCAUCCUGAUGGUUUUUGGAAUUAAAUUAAUCAGAUUUCAGAAUUAGGUUAGUUGAGUGAACUGUGGAUCAAAAUGAUAUAUUUUUGCCUGUGAAAAUUUGCAAUGUGUAAACUGUUUUCUAUAACGAAACAAGAGAUACCUUAUUUUCAAUAUAUAACUCCAUCGUUCUGCCAUACUUCAAUUACUGCUGCGAAGUAUCGGGGAGACACGGUCUAAAAGGCUCCAAAAACUGCAAAACAGUUCUAUGCCGACAAACCACUGCACGAAUUAUAACGAAGUGGAGAUCAUAUAUUUUUACGUACAUUAAGCUGGCGGCCUCUUAAAAUAGAAAGGAACAAAAGAAAAGGCAAAACUAAAUUGGAGCCCAAAUCUUCGAGGCAUGUCAAGUCCUCUUUGUUUACUAAAGUCUCAGAUUACCUUUAAACAAAACCAAAAUGGAAACGACUAUACUUUGGACAAGACUAACAAAACUGACAUGGUUGAGUUAGCGUUGUAAAAUGUGUUAUAACAAAGUGGACGUUUCGCUGUAAGACGUAAGUUAAAACUGCGAUCGUCUCCAACAUUUUCCUCUUUAUUACCAAUAUCUAAUAGGAUGGUGUCUUGUGUGAAAUUUGAAUACAACAAGCACUCGUGAGUUGUUCAAAGACCUCAAAAUAAUGUUCUUUGAAAAAUCUCACUCGUGCACAUUAUAUCCAAAUUGCACUCGAAACCGACCUAUUACGUACUGUAUGCACUUAGCAUUUUAUGUGUGUUUUAGAUAUGACAUUGAACCAGAUUUUGUCGAAGUGGCCAACCAGGAUGAGAAUCAAGACGUAUCUGAGGAGGACUUGAACAGAGGCUUAUUACUAAGUCGUUUUGGCGUAUGGAUUUUAGCAUCUCAAUGUCGUACUGUGUCCCUGUGCAAGAGUGACGAAAGACUUGGCUAUUUAAUUUCUGUAGUUUUUGACUGGAUGACGGCGACCGCUUCCAUUUCCGACAAAGGAGUGCGGGCGAAAAUUGAAACUUUAAAAAAGGAAUAUAUAAGUAACUGGAUUAAUGUUGUUAAGAAAGCAAAUCUGGAUCUGUACUGCACGUGUUUGUUACCCGAUCCCCCAACGUAUGUACAGAUGCAAGGCACAUCAGAUAUGUUGGCUGACAAGAUCCGGUUGUUGAAAGAGGGUCUAUAUAGGAUAUGUUGUUUGAUUCCGUAUAAUUUGGUGCCGCAAGAG